CCUCCAGCGGAAGCCCACGCGCCGCAGUAAAACAAACAAUCGGCAGGGUUCGCGAAAAAAAGGAAAGUCCUCCCUCCCUCCUCCCCCGCGCCGACCCGCCGCCGUCGGCAGCGCGCCCCGACGCGAUGGCCCGCACCAAGCACCCGGCCGUCAGGAAGACCAAGGCGCCGCCCAAGAAGCAGCUCGGGCCCCGCCCCGCGCAGCGGCGGCAGGAGACAGAUGGCGCGGGCACGUCGGCGACACCGAGGCGAGCCGGGCGGGCGGCGGCCCCAGGGGGGGCUCAAGGGGCAACUGGGCAACCCAAGCAGAGGAAGCCACACCGGUUCAGGCCAGGCACGGUGGCACUGCGGGAGAUCAGGAGGUAUCAGAAGUCGGUCGACUUUCUCAUCCCGUUUGCACCAUUUGUCCGUCUGAUCAAGGAGGUCACCGACUUCUUCUGUCCUGAAAUCAGCCGCUGGACUCCCCAAGCGCUCGUCGCGAUUCAAGAGGCUGCAGAGUAUCACCUCGUCGACGUAUUUGAAAGGGCAAAUCACUGUGCCAUCCAUGCAAAGCGUGUUACCGUCAUGCAAAAGGACAUACAGCUUGCAAGGCGUAUCGGCGGGAGGAGGCUUUGGUGAUACUUCUGGAAGACGUUUUCUGCAUCAUAGGGGGGAAAGACUCUGGUGAUACUAAUGGGAGAUGUUUUAUGUAUUGGGGGUGCAAAGGCAGUGUUCAUAGUGGUCCAAUAUGUUUGACUGUGUCGUUAGAAAGUAUUGUAGGUGUAUCUUCAUUUAGUUAGCUUUGUCUUCGAAGUUGAUCUGAUUCGUUACAUGUUUGGGAUCAUUUGACUUCACAUUCAGGCAUUGUUCCAUUUGAAUUGAUUGUGGAUAUGGGAUUUUAAAUGACUUGGAAUCGGUUGUGGAUUUUCCGCAUUAUUGAAGGAGCGAACCAGAAUUGCGCGCAAGCGUUUUCAUGCA